AACUCCCCCAAAUUUCACUGAUCGGAAGAAAUUUAAAACACAGCAGCUUCAAAAUUUGGGAAUUUGCGAGCCCUAGCUUCGUCUUCCCGAGUUUCAACAUACUCUUUGUUCCAGUUGGAGAUUAUAAUCUCGGAAUUGCCGUAAAUGUCUUCCGCAAAAAAGCAUUACAAGGAUAAAUUUGCUCGUAACAAGGAGGAGAAAACAGAAGAACCGGAAACUCCUAAAUACAGAGACCGAGCUAAAGAACGAAGAGAAGAUCAGAAUCCUGAUUAUGAAUCCACCGAGCUGGGUUUUCAUGCUGUUGCCCCUCCUGGGACUGUGGACAUUCGAGCGGCUGAUGCACACAAGUUAUCCAUUGAGAAGAGCAAGUACCUUGGAGGGGACGUUGAGCAUACCCAUUUGGUGAAAGGUUUGGAUUAUGCCUUGCUCAAUAAAGUAAGAAGUGAGAUUGAUAAGAAGCCAGACGCUGGCGGUGAUACUGAAGGAAAGGCUAGUACACUCAAGGAAGACCAACAAAUUUUGUUUCGAACUGCAACAGCAAAGUCAGUAUACAAAUGGAUCGUCAAGCCCCAGACAGUUAUUAAGUCAAAUGAGACAUUCCUUCCUGGUAGAACAACAUUUAUUUUUAACAUGGAGGGUGGAUAUUCUCACGAUAUUCCAACGACUUUGCAUAGAAGUAAAGCUGACUGUCCAGUUCCAGAGGAAAUGGUUACAGUCAAUGUUGAUGGUUCUGUACUAGAUCGAAUUGCUAAAAUCAUGUCAUAUCUUCGUCUCGGAUCCUCAGGAAAAGUUUUGAAGAAGAAAAAGAAGGAUAAAGAUGUUAAAGCUAAGAUUUCAGCUAUUGUUAAUGAAUAUGUUGGAAACAACAAGCCAUCAACACUUGAUUCUGCCGUGCCAAAGAAGCAAACUGAAAGAGAGAUAUUGCCCCCUCCACCCCCUCUCAAGAAAAAUCAAAUAGUUUUAAAGGAGAAGCAAGGGCCAGUCGUUGCAAGAGUAGAAGAGGAUGAUAUUUUUGUAGGUGAUGGCGUCGAUUACGCUGUCCCUGGUAAGGACCUGAGCCAGAGUCCUCUUUCAGAAGACAUGGAAGAAUCUCCUCGAAAUAAGGAGAAACCUAGUUAUUUCUCAGAACCAGUUUAUGGCCCCGUCCCGCCCUCUGGACCACCUCAGGAAUGGCAAGAAGCAAAUGGAUAUGGGGUGAUGCAACCUCAGGCAUUUCCUGCUGGCUACCAAGGAGAGUGGCAGGACUACCAGUAUUCUGAUCAACUGGCUUAUUCUGAACAGUACCUUCAGCUCAACAUGCAAGCGUAUGAUAUGCAAACAGGAGCAAACAUUGCACAGGAUCCCCGUCUCAUGACUCAAGAAGAGAAAGAUAGGGGCUUAGGCUCCGUGUUCAAGAGAGACGAUCAGCGACUACAACAACUGAGAGAGAGAGAUGCACGAGAGAAGGAUCCGAACUUUAUAUCGGAGAGUUAUUCUGAAUGUUACCCUGGAUAUCAAGAAUAUAACCGUGAAAUUGUGGACAGUGAUGACGAAGAUGACUUAUCAAAAAUGGACAUGGGAGGCCGGGCAAAGGGCCGACUUCAUCGAUGGGACUUCGAGACAGAGGAGGAGUGGGCGAAGUACAACGAGCAGAAGGAAGCCAUGCCAAAGGCAGCGUUCCAGUUUGGUGUGAAGAUGCAAGACGGUCGAAAGACUCGAAAACAAAACAAGGACCAGAAGAUCAACAAUGAACUUCACAAGAUCAACAAGAUACUGGCAAAAAAGAAAAUGGAGAAGGAAAUGAAUGAAGAUGAUGAUGAUAUACAACCUGGAAAGAAGAUCAGAGUUUGAGCUGAUUGGCAAUAGAUGGAAAGGUUUGUAUUCUUUUUUUUUUUUCUUUUUAACUUUCCAUCACUUCAUAAAAACGUAAGAUUUGCAUAAAAUGUGCUCUCAUUUAUAGUUUUCUGUAUUCAAUGGGGAAUUUUGUCAUAUUAGUUUAGAGUUUAUGUAUUAAAUAACAUUUAGAAUCCAAGAAAGGUCGUCACCCCUUGCUUAUUUUCAAUGGAGGUAGUAAUACUAUUAGUUUA